AAAUUAAUCUGAAGCUCAAGGCAUUGAACACUUGAUUUGGGAUAAGAAACGUCGCUUUAAUGUCUGCGCUGCCUUCAAUUUAUUCAAGCGAAGGGCUUUCCUCGUCUGAUAGAAAAAAGGUUAUAACAACAGGGAAACCAAGAAGCCAGCGACCAAUCGGUGCCAUUAAGCUUGAAUCAAGAGUAAACAAUGCCAUAGAUCACAACGAGAACUUUGAUCAUGACGGUGACAUCCCAAUGUUAGGUAUGGAUGACGAGAAUGAGGUUCAGCUGGUGACUGACUAUGUGCUCGAUAAGAGAAAUGCUUCAGAGUCAUGGGGACCUUCUCCAACUCUUCCCACAGACCUUUUAGCCCAAUCUGAGAGAGAUUUAACACCAGAGGAAAAACCAAACAAAGAUACCAUAAUGGUAAUUGAUACCAACUUUAUCAUUUCGCAUCUUGAUAUCUUGGAUGAAUUGACAAUGCUUCAUAAGAAAUAUCACCAUCAAAUUAUCAUUCCUACAACUGUUAUACGAGAGCUUGAUGGCUUGAAACUCUCCAAAAAGAAACCAGAUGAUUCAGUUGAUGGCACAACAAUUGGACACCUCGCUAGAUGGGCAAAUGAUUGGAUCUAUAAGAGAUUUGCUGAAUCAGACUCUUCUGUUCGUGGCCAAAAGCUCAAAGAAGUGUUGGACUAUGAUGCUAGAAAGGAUGAUGCUAUAUUAGAUUGUUGUCUGUACUUCCAUCAAAAACAAAAGGCAUUGGUGAUUUUACUAUCGAAUGACAAGAACCUUUGUACCAAAGCACUCACAAAUGAUAUACUCACGGUGUCUUAUAGAAAGGGAAUGUCUGCAGAACUUAUAGCUAAAAUAUCAUUUGUCGAGAACAAAACUAAUGGAUCAACAGAAUCAGUAGCUGAAAAACCAACAGAGGAUCAUGUCAAGAAUUCACAUAUUGAUAACUACCCGGAUGCAGAAAUGAUGGAUGAUGACCAUUAUAGUGAUUAUGAAAUAGAAAUAGAACAACAUGAUCAAUAUGGAACACCAAAAAUAAGUGAGACAAGUAAAGAUAACCACUUGAUUACAAUUGAUGAUUUUGAUGAGGCAGUAAGGCUUAUUCACAGAGAAGUUCAGAUUUUAGUAUUAGAUGCAAUUGAUCACUGUAUGUAUGAAGAGUACGGUGAUGAUUUGGAGUUGAUUGGUUAUGAGAAAUCAGAAAUUGCUACUCUUCGAGAUUCAGCAAAUUCUUUAAUUAAAUAUUGGAUGACAGUCUUUACAGAAUACUUCAACAGGGACUUUUAUCCAUAUAAAAGACAAGGGAAGAAGAAAUU